AUGGGCGACGGGUGGGUACCCUCCCGUCACCAUCAUCCUCGUCCUCAUCCUCAUUAUCCUCCUCAUUCUACUACUCCUACGCCGCCGGCGGCGGAACAGCAGCCGCGAAGCGGGGACGAGAGGGAAGCAGAUAUGAAGCCCAUGGUGUUCCUGUGCGCCGGGUGCAGGCGGCCGGUUGGGGACACGCUGAGCUGGGUGACCAACGACGAGGAGGAGGGCUGCAUCCUCCUGCGCAGUGCGGCCAGCAACGUCUCGGUGGACGUGGAGCGGCAGGUUUCCAAGCGGCCCGGAGAGUGCGGAUGCAUGAUAGAAGUGUUAUUCUGCUCUGGCUGCUCAAUGAUACUUGGCUGCAUUUACAGAUGCACCCCAAAGCAUCUUGACUACAAGAGGGAUUUGUUCUGUUUCAGUGUUGACUCCCUUGAGAGUUACGUUCUAGGAUCCUCAGAAAAGCAAGCUGUUAUUGAAGAUGAACCUGUAACUCUUCAAAGUCGAGCUGUCAUGGAAGAAAUGCUACUGAAGGUAGACGCUGUAUUAAAGGUUCUGGAGACAAAAGUGGCUGCUGUUGAAUCGAGUAUAGCUUCUCUUCACAAAAAAGUCUGAAAGAAAUUACGUGCAGGAGGUUUAACUGCAGGAGAAUGGUGUAUGUGAAAUUUGUCCUUGUAAUCCUCUGGAAUGUGUGGGAGCACUGCAAAAGCUGUGCAGAGAACUGAAAGAUAUUGGCUUGUUCCUUUGUAGAACAAUGCUGACUAUGAGUCUUCGUCACAGACAAGGAGCUCCUCUACUUUCUGUUAAAAGAAUACACCAGACAGAAACAAUUUUUUUUUAAUCUAAUUUCUGUAGACUUUGUAAAUAUGUGUUUAAAUUUUUGUCUUCGAAAGCAAAGCAUUUAUCUCUUGAAUACCCUGCUAUUCAGUAUCUACUGAACUGGGUGUGCAUCUCCUCCCUAAACCCAUAAAACAAAAAAAUCCCUGUGAUGUCUGAAAGAACAACAUAUGUCCUUUUUCUCCUCUCCACAGCCUUUGUUUGACCUGUGCUCAGAGACCGGAAUGGUGCAGUGUGUGUAUCGGGUGGUUGUUAUGGUUUUGUUCUGUAAGCUCGAGGCUAAAAUGUUUUUAAAGUCUUUUUCUACGUUACAUUAGAUAAAAUGGUUUUUCAUGCAAUAUUGAAGGUCAUACUAUUUACAGCCUCAAGGGAAGGCAAACAAACAAGGCUGGCAGAAGCACACCUUUUAGCAAAGCUUGGUGUAUUUGCUUUGGUGUAUUUGUAUACAACAAAUGCAAAAUGCCAGUUAAAAACACUUGCUGGUACUUCAUUGUUUUGAUGCACAUAUUUGUUAUUUGUCAUUAAUCUUCUGUGUAUUUAAUUAUCAGGGUUUCUUAUGUAGUCUGAGUGUUCCAAGUAUUUUUUUUUUUCAAUAAAACAAAAGUAAUUGUACUCUAGAGUAAGUUGGGUUGUUUGGUUUGGGGUUUUGGUUUUUAUUUGGUUUGUGGUGUGUGGAUUUUUCUUUUUUGGUUACCUGAAUUUUUUUAUAUUUUCUCCAAAAACCUAGAAUGAGCUUACCACUGUUCUCUGCAUGGGUAGGCAUUGUUUCUCUUACAAAAGCUGCUCCCCCCCCCCCUUUUCUCUGUGUACUGCUUUGUUUUGAAGAAGUACUUGAAUUUAGCUUUUAGUGAUGGAUCCUGUAUUCUUUCAUGAUCAGGUAUGUAAAACAUUUUGUUACUUGCAUACCUGCCAAAG